AAAGUUAUGGUGGCUUUUAGUUGUGCAUUCUAAAAUUACUCUUUCCUCUUCUUCAUCAUCCAUUACCAACCACCAUCUCCAACCACUCCACAAUCCUACUCUACAAUCUUCUCUUCAUAUAUAUAUAUAUAUAAUUUUAAUUUUAUAUAUAUCUAUAUUUAGGCGCAUUAUAUUAUAUUGUACAUGUAUAUAUACAUGUGUAGUAGAAAUGAUGAGUGCUGAAUCAUCACCUGAUUCUCCGGUUUCUGUUGUGAACUGCGGUGGCGGCGAGGAGGUUUCCGGGCAGAAGAUGAAGAGGAUAAGGGAUAGCAGCAAGCAUCCGGUGUACCGGGGGGUUCGGAUGAGGAGUUGGGGGAAAUGGGUGUCGGAAAUCCGGGAGCCGAGGAAGAAAUCGCGCAUUUGGCUCGGGACUUUCCCGACGCCGGAAAUGGCGGCGCGUGCGCACGACGUGGCGGCGUUGAGCAUCAAGGGGAGCUCAGCGAUACUGAAUUUCCCUGACCUAGCGGGGCUGCUGCCCCGACCCGAGUCGCUGAGCCCUAGAGAUAUUCAGAGCGCGGCGGCGAAGGCGGCGGCGAUGGAGAAAUUCGACUUGCCGUCGCCGUCCUCACACUCCUCCUCGUCGUCGACGUCGUCGCUGUCGUCGCUCGUGUCCGCCAUCGACAUCGCCACGUCGGAGGAGCUGAGCGAGAUCGUCGAGCUGCCUAGCCUCGAUACUAGCUUCGACUCGCUCGGAUUGGGCGGCGAGAUCGUUUACGUUGACUCUGUCGAAGAGUGGCUGUAUCCGCCGCCAUCGUGGCUGGGCGGCGCCGCUGACGACGGCGGCGGAGGAGGACCCGGGAUUAUCUCCGGCGGCUUCGAGUCUUCGUGGUGGGAAUAUUAAUGGCCGCCACUAAUCUUCCUGUGUGAGAUUUUCUUUUUUUUCCUUUUUCUUUUUUGUUGUAUUUAUGUUUUCUAAUUUUCUUUUUAGCCCUUUGAAUUUUAGUCUGUAGGGUUCUAAAAAUUCCAUCAUUUCGAUUUCUCACCCCCCAACUUCUUAGUUCGUGUAAUAAUCUCUCUUUAAUGAGUCCUUACUGUACAGUGUUGGGAAGGAAUCAACAAAUUUCAUAAAUGCCUUCCAAUGCUUUGCUGUAUAAAUCUCUUUCUUUCUCUCUCUGAAGUUGAAAUGUCCAUUUUGUGUAUUUUAUUUU